AUGAAGUUCACUACUACUCUCGUUGCGGCUAUCAUCGCUCCCAUGAGCGUCCAGGCCUGCAGUUACUACUCCUUUUGCCACUGCAUCGACGCCAACCAACAACCCAACGACGUAGCAACCGGAACCGUCUGCGGCAACAGCAAGCCGUCGCACAUGUUGCGUAGCGACUGUGUCGUUGAAGGCUCCGGUUCAUUCUACAACUGCAACUUUUCGGAUGCCUGCAAGAAGGCUGGGGCUACCGGCGACCAGGGACCUGCCAAGACCAACGCUUGGUGCCAGGGCAAGCAGGGCUAA